AUGAAGUAUUCAAUAUUAUUAUCAAUUGCAGUUGCAUCAACAACGGUUGUUGAUGCGUUCCCAACUUUAAAGUUUUGGCAAGAUGUUGUUCCAUUAGGUCAACAAGAUCAGAAUAAUCAAGCAAUUUUUGUCAAUUCACAAUCUAAUGAGGGAAAUGAAGGAGUCCAAUUUGAAAUUCAACUGGUUGAUGUUGAACCACAAGAGGGUGUGGAGAAGGAGGAUUUGUUACAACAAUACGAGGAAUCCGAGUCGAUCACCAUCAAUGACAUAAUUGAUGAGUCAGUUUAUCUGAAAUUACCAGAGAUUGACUCAGAAUUGUUACAAGCAAGUAUCAAAGAGCUGAAUUUGAGAAAACGUGCUGAAUCAUUGUUCAAAAUUGCCAAUUAUUCCACUAAAAAAUAUGGUCACCCAACUAGAGUCAUUGGUUCACCUGGACAUUGGGCCACCAUAAGAUACAUUAUUUCUGAGUUGAAGAAACUUGGUGGAUACUACACUAUCAAGACGCAAAGUUUUAAUGCCAUUGAUGGUCAUAUUGAGGAUUAUUCAUUGUUGAUUGAUGGUGUUCAACCAAAGAGCUUGAAACCAUUGGCUUUGACUCCACCAACAACUGAUAAGCGUCCAGUACAUGGGAAUUUGGUAUUGGUUGAGCUGAAUGGAUGUUCGUUACAUGAUUAUCCCCACUUGACCAAGGACAAUAUUGUUUUGAUAAAGCGAGGUGAAUGUUCAUUUGGUGACAAGUCCAGAAAUGCUGGUAAGUUGGGAGCAAAAGGUGCAAUCAUUUAUGAUUCGCAAGGUGCUGUUGCAGGUACAUUGGGUACGCCUAAUGGCGAAGAAGUUGCCACGGUUGCUGUCGAUGAAAAGGAUGUUGAUGAAUACAUCAAGAAGUUGAAGGUUAAUCCUAAUCACAAGUUUGAAACCACAUUGUAUGUUGAUUCAUAUGUUAAAAACAUUUCCACUAUUAACGUUGUUGCUGAUUCUGUGUUUGGUGACCAUGAUAACAUUGUUUCAUUGGGAGCACACUCAGAUUCAGUGGGAGCCGGACCAGGAUUCAAUGAUGAUGGAUCUGGAACCAUAUCAUUAUUGGAGGUUGCUCAACAAUUGACAAAGUACAAGAUCAACAAUGCUGUUAGAUUUGCUUGGUGGGCAGCUGAAGAAGAAGGAUUAUUAGGUUCAAAUUAUUAUGCUAGCCAUUUGUCCAAACUGGACAAUAAAAAAUUGAGAUUGUUUAUGGAUUAUGAUAUGAUGGCUUCACCAAAUUAUGAAUAUGAAGUUUAUGAUGCCAAUAACAAAGACCACCCCAAUGGAUCUGGAAACUUGCGUGAUUUAUAUAUUGAUUGGUAUACCGCUCAUGGGUUGAAUUAUACAUUGGUUCCAUUUGAUGGUAGAUCAGAUUAUGUUGGUUUUAUUGAACAAGGAAUACCAGCAGGUGGUAUUGCUACAGGAGCUGAGAAAUUGAAAGAUAAAGAAGCCAAGCGUAAAUUUGGUGGUGAUUUGGGCAAAGCAUUUGAUCCAUGUUAUCAUCAAUUGUGUGAUGAUUUGUCGAAUCCUAGUUAUGAAGCAUGGGGGUUGAAUACUAAAUUGAUUGCCCAUUCUGUGGCUACAUUUGCCAAGACAUUUGACGGGUUCCCCAAGAGAGACGAAGGUAAAGAUCAAGUACAACAACAGCUGAUUGGUGGUGAUGCAUUGUUUACCAGAAGAGGUGAUUUGUAUGUGAUUUAG